AGAAAAUUCCUUACCCUAAAUCAGUAUUUUUUAUAGUCAGCAACGAAUUUUGCGAACGAUUCAGCUACUAUGGCAUGCGAACGAUCCUCAUCCUUUAUCUCACGAAUAUACUGCUGUUUAGUGAAUCACAAUCGUUAGUAACUUACCAUACGUUUUCCAUGUGUGUAUAUUUUUUCCCAUAAUUGGUGCCAUAAUUUCAGACAGUUUUUUAGGAAAAUUUAAUACAAUCUUUUAUGUUUCGAUGAUAUAUGCUAGUGGAAGUAUUCUACUUGCACUAACAGCUAGUGAUCCCAUAGGGUUACCUAAAGUUGGUUUCUCAAUAUUGGGCCUAUUACUCAUAGCCAUAGGCACCGGUGGUAUUAAACCAUGCGUUGCAGCGUUUGGAGGAGACCAAUUUCGCCUACCCCAACAAGCGAAGGACCUAGAGAGGUUUUUCUCAUUAUUUUACUUCUCUAUCAAUGCUGGAAGUUUGAUAUCAACUUUUAUAACUCCAAUUUUAAGAAAUGAUGUACAUUGUUUUGGUAAUGAGAGCUGUUUUCCUUUGGCUUUCGCAGUUCCCGGAAUUCUGAUGGUAAUUUCUAUAGUCAUCUUCGCCUCAGGACGACCAACGUAUAAAAUCAAAAAACCAGAGGGCAACGUUAUAGUACAAGUUACAAAAUGUAUUGUGUGCGGAAUAAAGAAUAAGAUGAAGUCCAAAGAGAAAAAGGAACAUUGGCUUGAUUAUGCAGAAGAACGAUAUGGAGAAAAACUAGUAAACGAGGUUAAGGCAACACUCCAUGUUUUGGUUCUCUUUCUUCCGCUGCCGAUUUUCUGGGCUCUCUAUGAUCAGCAAGGAUCAGGAUGGACCUUGAUGGCAGUGAGAAUGGAUGGAAACAUUGGAUUCUACACAAUUUUGCCAGAUCAGAUGCAAGUCGUCAACCCAUUGUUGAUUUUGGCUUUUAUUCCACUAUUUACCUAUUACGUUUAUCCACUUCUAGGUAAAUGUAACUUACUGAGGACUUCUCUGCAGCGAAUGGCUUGUGGAGGACUUUUAGCAGCGCUCGCUUUUGCCGUUUCUGCAUUUGUCACUAUGGCUAUUGAAAGUAAUGAUCCAAUAUUGCCAUCAGCUGGUAACAUGCAAUUAAGGGUGUACAAUCCGUCAAGCUGUAAUAUGUCUGUUAGCACCGAUAUAACAGAAAUAAAGUCAUUUACCUUAAAUCCAACAUCUUCCUAUGUGGAUGAGGAUAUUGCAUGGAGUGGAAAUAAAUCUGUAACAUUUACAUUUACGUCUAAUAAACCUGAAUGCUUAGGUGGUGAACAAAUGAUUUCUCUAGCGGAAAAGAACGCAUAUGGUAUUUUUAUCCAAGAAAAUGGGACGAUCCGCUUUUAUGAAGAUGAUGUUGCUAAGAGCAAAACUGGUUAUCCUUUAGUGAGAACUCUAUCUUAUAUUGACACAGAUAUUAAGUACACCUUAAAAGGAAAAUCGAUUAAUAUCAAUGCAGGAAACAUAUCUGCAAGAGAAUUUUCCAGUCCUGGUCGUUGGUCAGUAAACGUAGGAGAUAAACAAUUUGGAAAAUCUGUGGACUUGAGACUUGGUGGAACAUAUGCUGUAAUGCUUAAUGAGAAACAAAUGGAAAUGGAUUAUACGGUAGUGACAAAACCUAAUGCAGUCCAUAUAGCUUGGUUACUUCCUCAAUAUUUUAUUAUAACUGCUGCAGAAAUUAUGUUUUCCAUCACAGGAUUAGAGUUUUCUUACUCUCAAGCUCCGGCUUCAAUGAAGUCCUUACUGCAAGCUUGCUUUUUAUUGACUACUGCAUUUGGAAACUUAAUCAUUGUUAUUAUAGAAUCCAUUGAGAUUUUCGAUAAAAAGAGUAACGACUUUUUCUUAUAUUGUGGACUGAUGGUGGCCGAUAUGUUGAUCUUUUCGUUUAUGGCCAUGAGGUACAAAUAUAUAAAGAAGGAAGAAUCGCCGUCAAGCUCAGAAAACGAUCCUAUAGAAACUAAAGCAAAUUCAACCAAUGGUAUCGACAAUCCAUCCUUCGUAAAAAGUUCCAAUAAUAUUAAUAUUUAAGAAAAAUAACUCGAAUUUUCAACUAUGAAAAUUUUAUUUAUUUGGGGGAUGCAUUCACAACCAGUGUACUGAUUUUUUAAUAGUCAAGAAUUCAAAAUUUAAGAAGCUUAAUUUAAACAUAAAAUUGGAGUGAUCUUGUAAGAUAUGACAGAUUAUAUUAGCUUGUUCUAAUUCUAGUAUAUCAUUUAAUUUUUCUUGUAAUUAUACAUUUUAUAUAGAUAAGUUACCCUUUUUGACUUUAUAAUAUUAGAAUACAUUAGUACAUAUUGUAUAAAUAUCAGUUCACGCUACCCCCGUAUUGAAAGAAAUAGAGAAAUGUAAAUAUUUUGACUGACCUUAUUUAUUUCAGAUGUAUUAAAUCUUAAAGUAACGUUAGUGCAAAUAAAUGACAAUCUUUAGAAAAUCCAAAAUGUUUAUUUCUUUUUAAAAUGCGUAUUUUUGAUAUUCUUUUAGUACUUCAUUUCUGAAAAGACCUUAAAAAACUUUGUAUAUAGGUUUUUAAUAGGUAUUUUACUAUUCUAGAUUAAAAACAUUUGUAACUUCUGAGCAAAAUCAUUAUAUGUAUUAAAGAAAAUGUAUAU